AUGAUGCUGGCGGUUGUAGACAGUGUUCAUCAGUACCAUAAGAGACAUUUCUUUGAUAAUUGUGUAUUUUGUCCUCACUUCCUUUCUAGGAGCAGGGUUCUGAUCAAGCAGGACAGGAGAAAGCAAAAGGAAUAUUUUGAGAGGAACAGGUUAAAAUCAAAAAUGAAAUUACUGGGAGUUUUGCCUCCUGCCAAAAAUUCUACUGUCAGUUUAGAUCUUCUGAACCUCUACAUGGUAAAUCAGAUAUCAUGCAAGAAGAAGAUACCUGAGACUGUGAAGAAACCAGUCCACGUGAAUAUGAAUAGAGACAUAAAAAUCCCUCUAAGAAAGCAUGAUUUAGAACUUCCAAUGUCACCUAAUUGUACACCUUCUAAACUCUGCCUUGAUGAUACAGAAGACAAUAUACACUCUCAGGAACUGGGUAGCAAGAAAAAAUAUGACUCAGUUCAGUUGUCGCAGCACAUGACAUACAGUGUGUUUGAACCUCAGUUCCAUAGAACAGAAAACUACAGUUACCCCUCAUCAUCUUUUUGUGCAGAGUUGUCUUCUAACAGACAUAGUCCAAGGCAGACGUGUACUCCCGGAGUAGCACCAAGUCCUUGGGAAGCUCCAUAUGAAAAAACCCAAAAUGAGCAGCUCAGUAAAUUUAAUUCUUCUGAUUCCUUGGUUUCCAAAUUAAAUGAUGGUCAAGAUAUUCCCCAUUCAUCAUAUAAAAUAGCACACUAUGGAACAUUAUUUGGACAAUUACAAAGUCCAGGAAAUGAAAAUUUUCUUACACCUGCUAAAACUAUGAGUGUGGAUUACAGAAGCAUGAAUACAAACAGUCAGUCAGACUUCAUUACUAAAAACCAACCAGUACAAGAUAUUUUGAGAGAUAAUGGAAAAGAAUUUUCAAAUUUUUUUGGACACAUAACCCAGCCAACUCAUGGGUUUGUGUCAGAGAAUGAGGAGUCUUUUGUUAAUCAAAAUAUCAUCAACUUACUAAACAUAGAUCAACAAAGAAUAAAAGAAACCUUUGACAAAUGUGGUCAUGAUAAUUUUGGAGAUACUUGUGCAGUCACUCAUUCUGAAAACCAUCCCAUCAAUGGAUGCAUUAGAGGCAUUUUCACAGCUCCAGAGUCAACUUUUAGCUGUUACCCAGAAUCAUGUCAGUCAAGCAAGAACUAUCAGAAAGAGUACAGUGAUGAACUAAAUGAUGUUAACACAUGUUUUGAGAAGAAUUGCUACCCAGCCAACUCUGGAAAAAAAGGAAAACUUAAAAAUGAUUACCAAGAGAAGAUACAACAGAAAAAUACCCAGAAAUAUCUAGAGAACUAUAUUGGUGCUUUCCCUUUGGAAGAUACACAGUCCCAGGCCUUUGGACUUGGUGAGGAUUUGAUGGAAGAAGGAGGAACAUAUUCUUUACAAGGGAGGCCAGUAUCUGCUAAAAAAACACGUCUUGAUUCUUCACAGAGCAGUCUGUCUGCCAGUUAUUCUCCAAGACCAACAGAGAGUUCUUUCAGUUCUAGUUCAGAUAUGCUAUCUGAAGAUGAAGGUCAACUAUCGCAGCAAAUUGAAGAUUCAAAUAAGAUAUCCCCGAAGACUGCAGAAACAGUUAAAAGUUUUUACCCAGAAAGGAUGGGAAAAUAUAUGGGUGGUCAGAUUGUUAAAGAUAAUGCUGAAGUUCACACACAGAAUGCGUGUUCUCACGAAGUAUCACUGAAAAAUAAUACAGAUGAAUGUCCACAGUCUCAGUGCAAUUCCACAUACAUAGAGCAGACCCCCUCCAAUAAUAACUGCAUUGUUCAGGUUCCAAGGUGUGAUGCUGGGGUGCAAACAGAGAGAAAACCCACUCUGGGAAGAAAGAUAGAUGCUGCAGUACAGUGCAGCAUACUUUCAGAAUGUGUGUGUAGAAGCAGUGUGUCUCCUCUUGACAGUAGCGAAUGUUGCAGUGAAAAUAUUAAGGAAGAUACCACUGGAGGGCAGGAGAGCCUUGAGUAA